AUUGGUCAGCAGCAGAACAGUUUUCUACUCGACUGCCCAGACAACGGAACGUCUAGGGAUUCUUUCUAUUCCAUUGGCUGGACGACGGACGAACGUUGUUUGCGCAUGAUUUGCUUCCCAUUGCACUUUUGUGUUGUUCUCGUUUGGGACCUCAUCGUAAGGCCGUCGUUUGUAUAAAGGAGUAAUUCUCACUAGUUACGCUUAAUUAGCUCGUUUGUAGGCAAAUUAUACCAGGUUGUCCAGUCGAAGUCCGAACGCCACCGUGUAGAUAGAUAGAGAACUCCGCAUUAGCAACAAAUAAAUUUGACCGCCCCUGUGACCUGAUGGAUCAGUAGCAAGCUGGUGGUUUGUGGGAUUCGAGAUGAUAAGAUUCGUGAUUUUGGUGGUGACCUUCGGAUUGCUACAGCUGCUCCCGGCAGGAGACGGCGCAGGACUGGGUCGACAUGGAGGCCCUCCGAGUUUGUACGAGCAGCAUCUGUUCAAGAGACAGGCCGAAACAGCGGCCAAAAGCAACGAGAAUGCCGGCCUGUACGAUAGCAAUGAUUCCGUGAUUUCGGUGAACGCAGCGAACAUGAAGGAGAAAGUGUUCCAGCAGGGCCACGCAUCGUUGGUCGAGUUUUACAAUUCCUACUGCGGUUUCUGUCGGCGGUACGCUCCGAUCUGGAAGGAACUGGCCAGCGAAAUCCUCGGCUGGCAGCGAAUGGUCAAGGUUAUGGCUCUGGACUGUUCCCAGGACGAAAACAACGCCUUCUGCCGGGAGUUCGAGGUCAUGGCCUAUCCUACCAUCCGGUUCUUUGCGCCAUUCUACGAGGACGGUGCACAAAAGAUCGGUGACCCGAUAACGUCCCACGCUAAGGCCGAAGUUAUCAACGCUCUGAUCGAAAACCUGCACAACGUCACCAACAAACCGGAGGGAUGGCCCGACUUUACCCCACUGGAUGUGAACCACAGCCCCAAAAGCGAUUUCUUCUCCGAAACGGCCAAAUAUCUGUACAUUGUGAACGAAAAUGAGGCGAACGGAACCACCGUCGGCAGCCAGGUGAUGCUGGACUUCCAGGACACUCCUCUGGCGGCCGUUCGAAGGAGUCGAGCUUCGAAUGAACCCAGCGGUUUGAAGGUUAUCAGUCGGGAUGCGUUGAGUGAAAUUCAACUACCGAUAGAAAACUUCAAUCGAGAGAAUGUGUCUGCCGUCAUUAGAGCGCACCUAAAUGGGCAUCAUAUCAAGGUUCAGGAGCUGACUACGAAAGCUGUGGUGAAGGAGGUUACGGAGGAGAACAUUUCCGAAAUCAUGGAGAAAAAACAGGAAGAGGCUAUGAGGACGAAAAUUAAAGAAUUUGGUCCGAAGGUGAUUUACCAGGCGGAUUUGGAAGAAGCCAUUAGGUAUGCUUUGCUUAGAGAGAUUCCUCGGAUUAAGAAGAUUGAUGGAGAGCGAUUACUGGCGCUUCAACGCUUCUUGAAUGUUUUGGUAAGGUAUUUCCCGUUCAAUGACAAUGGUAAGAAAUUCCUGAAAGAAAUUCGUCAGUAUGUGCUGAAUUCCGAGAAUGAAGUGAAUGCAACAGAUUACGCUGCACAGGUAAAAAGUCUUGAACUUAAUCGAACUCCAGUUUUUUCGUCCAACCGAUGGAUGGGAUGUUCAAGUGUCUCCAAGGGACUCAGGAGGUAUCCCUGUGGUCUGUGGACACUUUUCCACUACAUGACUGUUCAGGCUGCUGAAUCGGAAAUUUCAACCGAUCCGCUAGAAGUAUUACAGGCGAUGCAUGGCUACAUUAAAUAUUUCUUCGGUUGUUCUGAAUGUUCGCAACAUUUCCAACAAAUGGCUUCCAAGAAUAAAAUUUGGAACGUCACAAGCAAAGACGAUGCCGUACUGUGGCUGUGGGCCAGCCAUAAUGAAGUCAACAAACGACUAGCCGGUGAUCAAACUGAAGAUCCCGAUCACCCGAAAAUACAGUAUCCAACAGCCGAGGUGUGUCCCGAUUGCCGCAAACCGAUGCUAACCAACCACCAUAACCACCGGCAGUACACAUUAGAGGAUGGGAACGAGUGGAACUUGCUGGAAGUUUUGCAAUUCCUGAAACAGGUGUAUAGCUUUGACAAUCGCAACUCGCUAGGUCUGCAGGAAGCGAGCCUGCUUCCAAACAAGUCCGCCCUCGUCGACGAGCACUACCAGUCAAAUCGAUCCUUCGGAAAUGUGCUGAACGAAAUGGACAUACGCAUGGGUGCCCUACUGUAUGUGGCCUGCAUUGUUAUGCUGGUCAUCGCCGUCAAGAUGGUUGUCAAACGAGGUUACCGGAAAAAGUUGUACACCCACGACAUCAUGGGAAAGGUGUAGGGUGGUUUUGCUUGAAAUGAAACAACUAUCCCGAAGAAUCUGGCUGCUCGAUUUGAUCGACGUGUGAUUAGUUGAAUUUAUUAUGUUAGAAAGGAAGCAUGAGAAAUCUUGACUUCAUGCAAGAGAACCUAGUCUGAUCAAUGAGAAGGGACGAAACAAACAAAAAGACUUCUAUGCCGUUAAAAAAUUAUUUAUGCGCAAACAAGUUACGAAACUACGGGAAUGCCUAGUGAUAAUUUCCUUUUAUAUUUUACCUUGUUUUGAAAAAAAUAACAAACAAUUAACCCUAGAGCAGCGGUCAUCAAUGUUUCGAUUUGUCCUGUUUUGAACAAAAAAUGUCAUCAUGUGAAAUAUUAAGAGUAGAUAUUGACAUAAGUAUCUGAAUAAAACAAUAUUCAUUUGGACGACUACAUUCCACAAACCAACAAA